AUGCAAUUACUUGAACAAGCACAAUCCUUAUUAAACUUCGAUGGACAAACAACAUUCGAUGUUAAUGUACUCGAUGCUGUUAUUAACACUAUGUAUCGAGGACAAGGUGAUGCCCAACGACAAGCGAGUGAAGUGUUAAAUGUUUUACGUGACCAUCCUGAUGCAUGGACAAAGGUUGAUUGUAUUUUGGAGUUUUCCAAAUGUCAAGAAACGAAAUAUUAUGCAUUGCAAAUUCUUGAAAAAACAAUUAAAACACGUUGGAAAGCUUUACCAAAAGAACAAUGUGAAGCAAUUAAACAAUACAUCGUUAGUUUGAUCAUCUCGCAUUCCCAAAAUCCUGAAUUAAUAGAACGUGAAAAAGUCUAUGUGAAUAAACUUGAUAUUAUUCUCGUACAAAUCUUAAAGCAUGAAUGGCCAAAGAAGUGGCCAAAUUUUGUUAGUGAUAUUGUUGAAGCAAGUAAAACCAGCGAAUCAAUGUGCCAAAAUAAUUUGGAAAUUUUAAAACUUCUCAGUGAAGAAGUAUUUGAUUUUUCAUCAGGUCAAAUGACACAAGCAAAAGCUAAACAUUUAAAGGAUACAAUGUGCAAUGAAUUUACAAAAAUUUUCCAACUCUGCGAAUACGUUGUGGAUAAGUCUCGUCAUCCACCAUUACUCUUGGUUACAUUGGAAACACUUCUACGUUUCCUAAGCUGGAUUCCACUUGGCUACAUAUUCGAAACAAAUAUGGUUAAUACACUUAUCGAAACAUUUUUCACUGUACCAAUGUUUCGAAAUGUAACACUUCGUUGUUUAACUGAAAUUGCUAGUAUUCAAGUUGCACAAUACGAAGAUAAAUUCAUUGACUUUUUUCGUCGAACCAUGACUCAACUGAAAACAAUUAUGCCAUUAAACAUUGAUUUGAAAGCUGCAUAUCGUUCAGCAAAAGAUGACGAUCAACGAUUUAUUCAAAAUUUAGCUUUAUUUCUAUCAAAUUUCUUAAAAGAACAUGGCGUAUUAGUUGAACGUACUGCUGAUUUAAAAGAAACUUUACUUGAAGCAUUACAAUAUCUUGUAUUAAUAUCGGAAGUUGAAGAAAUCGAAAUAUUUAAAAUAUGUUUGGAAUAUUGGAAUAUUUUAAGUGCUGAACUUUAUCGAGAAGUACCAUUUCAACAGUCAACGCCAUUAUAUGCUCGUGGUGCAAAUAGUGCUAAUAGUACACCUACACGUCGUCAAUUUUAUGCUGUUAUUUUAUCGAAGGUUCGACGAAUAAUGAUAUCACGUAUGGCUCGACCUGAAGAAGUACUUGUUGUAGAAAAUGAACGUGGUGAAGUUGUACGAGAAUUCAUGAAAGAUACUGAUGCCAUCAAUCUUUAUAAAAACAUGCGUGAAACGCUCGUAUAUUUGACACAUCUUGAUUAUAUCGAUACGGAGUCGAUCAUGACAGAAAAAUUAGCAAAUCAAGUUAAUGGAUCUGAAUGGUCAUGGAAAAAUCUAAAUACACUUUGUUGGGCUAUCGGUUCAAUAUCAGGUGCAAUGGUUGAAGAUGAUGAAAAACGGUUUCUUGUCACCGUUAUAAAAGAACUACUUGGCUUAUGUGAACAGAAACGUGGUAAAGAUAAUAAAGCGAUCAUAGCAUCUAAUAUUAUGUAUGUUGUUGGUCAAUAUCCACGUUUUCUUCGUGCUCAUUGGAAAUUUCUUAAAACGGUUGUUAAUAAACUUUUUGAAUUUAUGCACGAAACUCAUGAAGGUGUUCAAGACAUGGCAUGCGAUACAUUUAUAAAAAUAGCACAAAAAUGUCGUCGCCAUUUCAUAACAAUACAACUUGGCGAAUCUCAACCAUUCGUCGAAGAAAUCUUAACGAAUAUAAAUGGUAUUAUAUGUCAUCUAGAACCACAUCAAGUUCAUACGUUUUAUGAAGCUGUUGGUAAUAUGAUUGCUGCUAGCAUUGAUGCUGUACAACAGACAAAAUUAAUUGAAAAAUAUAUGCAAUUACCAAAUGAUGUUUGGAAUACAAUUAUAGCUGAAGCUAAAAAAUCUGUCGAUUGUUUACAAGAUCCAGAAGUUGUUAGUAACAUAUUAAAUAUACUUAAAACAAAUAUUCGCGCAUCAAAAGCAUUAGGCGCACCAUAUGCUCAUCAAUUAACAAAAAUCUAUCAAGACAUGUUACAUAUCUAUAAAGUAACAUCAGAAAAUAUCAAUCAAGCUAUACGAAUUAAUGGGCCCAUGGUUGUUAAACAACGUCUGAUUAAAUCUAUGAUGGCUAUUAAAGAAGAUUCAUUAAUGUUACUUGGUAGCUAUUUUUCAAAAGCAACUAAUAUCCAACAAGUACUUGAUCAAUUUUUAACACCAUUAUUUACAUUUGUAUUAAAUGAUUAUCGUGAUUGUCAUCCGGAAGCACGAGAAUCCGAAGUAUUAAAUAUGUUGGCUAUAUUAAUAAAUAAAGCUGAAAGUCGUAUAACAAAUCGUAUACCCGAUAUAUUUGAUUUAACAUUUGAACAUACACUUCAUAUGAUUGAUAAAAAUUUCGAAGAUUAUCCAGAUCACAGAAAGAAUUUCUAUAUAUUACUUCAAUCAGUUAUCAAUGUUUGCUUUCCAGCUAUAUUAGCAUUGAACGCAACACAAUUUAAACUCGUGUAUGAUUCAAUUAUGUGGGCAUUAAAACAUACAAUGCGUACAAUAUCAGAAUUAGGUUUGGAAAUUCUUCAAACGAUUUUAAGAAAAUUUCAAACAUGUGAUCCACAAGCAGCACAAAACUUUUAUCAAAUUUUCUAUCUUGAAACAAUGCAACAUAUUUUUGCUGUUGUUGCUGAAUGUUCACAUACAUCUGGUCUAACAGCACAUUCACAAAUUUUGGCUAAUCUAUUUUUAAUUGCCGAACAAGGCCUUAUUAAAGUUCCAUUGGCACCUGAAGUACAAGAUCCAUCACAAAAUUUACUUUAUGUUCAACAAUUCAUGGCUAAUUUAUUAAAAACAGCAUUUUCACAUUUACAAGAUAAUCAAGUUAAAGUUAUUAUCGAAGGUUUUGUUACAUUAGAUCAAGAUAUUGCCGGUUUUAAAGAACAUUUACGUGAUUUUCUCGUUCAAAUACGUGAAGCAACUGGAAAUGACACGACUGAUUUAUAUUUAGAAGAUCGAGAACAAACACUAAAACGUGCAGCUGAAGAAAAACGAAAAAUACAAAUGAGUGUUCCCGGUAUUCUUAAUCCUCAUGAAAUACCCGAGGAUAUGCAAGAUUAA